AUGGUCCUCGAUCAAAGAGAUAUUUUAAAUCGUGUGGUAACUUAUGCUUCUGGCCUUCAAUUGGCUUUAGAAGUAGUGGGUUCCAAUUUGUAUGGAAAAGAUAUACAAGAAUGGAAAUCUUUACUAGAUGAGUAUGAAAGGAUUCCAAAUAAAGAUAUCCAAGAGAUACUUUUAGUAAGCUAUAAUAAUUUAAGUGAAUUACAUCAAAAUGUUUUUCUUGACAUUGCAUGUUGCUUCAAAGGAUAUUGCUUGAAAGAGGUUGAAAAUAUAUUAUCUGCUCAUCAUGGUCUUUGCAUGAAAUAUCAAAUUGGACUGUUAGUUGAUAAAUCUCUUAUUAAGAUUAAUGAGGUCAAAUAUGUGACAUUACAUAACUUGAUUGAGAUGAUGGGAAAAGAAAUUGUCCGAAAAGAAUCAGUCAUAGAGCUUGGAGAAUGCAGUAGGUUGUGGUUCUACAAAGAUAUUGUUCAUGUUUUAACAGAAAAUACGGGAUCCAAAAGUAUUCAAAUUAUACAUUUGGACCGCCCCUCAACUAAAGUUGUUAUAGAUUUGAAUGGAAAAGCCUUCGAGAAGAUGAAAAAUCUCAAAACACUUAUCAUUAAGAGUGGUUCUUUUUCCAAAGGCUCAAUGCAUUUGCCACGUGAUUUGAGAGUAUUUAAAUGGCAAACAUAUCAUUCAGAGUGUAUACCAUCUAACUUAUUCAACAAGAUCUUCAUAGAUAUGAAAAUUUUGAAAUUUAACCGUUGUAAAUACUUAACAGACAUACCAGACGUCUCCUCUCUUCCAAAUUUAGAAAAAAUUUCAUUCAAAUAUUGUAAAAAUUUAAUUACAAUUCACAAUUCGAUUGGAUUUUUAAGUAAACUUAAAGUCUUGAAUGCUAAGGAUUGUGACAAGAUCAUGAGUUUUCCACCCUUGAAGUUGACUUCUCUUAAAAAACUAGGAAUUAGUGGUUGUAAGAGUCUCUUGAAUUUUCCAGAAAUAUUGGACAAGAUGGAAUAUAUAGAAUUCAUUUUCCAGAAUUAG